AUGUUGACCAGACGUUUUUAUGCGACAUACCGCGAUACAAAGUACCGUAACCCCAACGGAACUAUGACCAUGGCUGCGAUCCGUGCCCGCCAGCCGUAUGCUCUCCGCAACGCCCUUCUGGGACUCGGCAUGCUUUCGUUCGCCGUUGGCACCUAUAUGUGGGCCUACCAGAGCUUCACCCCCGACGACUUUUCAGACGUCCCUGUUCCUCCUCUUUCUGAGGAAGAGCUCGCCAGACUCCGCAAAGAGUAUGGUUUGGAUAAAAAAUAA